UGAGGGCGUUACGUGGCGUGCGUAAAAGUAGAUCGCGUGGCGGCGGACUUCUCACACUAAAAAGCCUUUCUUUCUUUCUUUCUGCCGUUAUAUCCAUGUCUUCUUCUCCUCUAGGGUUUCUCAACUGCCUGCUGCAGCUACCAUUAUCAUUUUAAAAUCUAUGAAGAAGAACCGACCCAACUCACCACACUGAUUUUGGGUCUCAAAAGGUUCUUUAUUUUGGACGUUUUGAUUCAUUGCAAUGGAAUCAGAGGACGGAGAACCUCCUAUGAAAAUCAAGACUAUUUUCACCGUUCCUGUAUUAUGUUGAAGACUAUAUACGAGGGUUUGUGUCGUUUAACGUAUAUAAUGGGUGGUAUUUGUUGUAAUCCCUCAUCCAUCGAAGAUAUUCGAGACAGUCCAACAGAGAGAUUCUCCUUGCUUGAUUAUAAACAAUCAAAUGGCUUAAUUCGGUACUUCCAAGGAGUAUAUUCAAUCGAAGGUGAGCAAAUUGCAGCAGGAUGGCCACCAUGGCUAACAAAUGUCGCCGGCGAAGCCAUCCGUGGUUGGGUUCCUCGACGAGCUGAUUCUUUUGACAAGUUAGAUAAGAUAGGAAAUGGGACAUACAGUAAUGUUUAUCGUGCCCGUGAUCUAAACCAAGCUGGAAAGAUAGUAGCAUUGAAGAAAGUAAGAUUCAAUAACCUCGACCCAGAAAGCGUUCGUUUCAUGGCAAGAGAAAUCCAAACUCUACGUAGACUUAAUCAUCCAAAUAUCAUAAAACUUGAAGGUUUAGUCACUUCAAGAAUGUCUUGUAGCCUCUACCUUGUAUUUGAAUACAUGGAACACGACCUAGCCGGUCUGGCUUCUCACAAAUUCACAGAACCGCAGAUUAAAUGCUACUUUCAACAACUGUUACGUGGGCUGGAUCAUUGUCACAGUCGCGGUGUGUUGCACCGCGACAUAAAAGGUUCCAACAUUUUAAUCGAUAACAAUGGGAUUCUGAAGAUUGCAGACUUUGGUUUGGCGAGUUUUUAUGAUCCUCAGAAAUGUGUUCCUUUGACUAGCAGAGUUGUAACUCUUUGGUAUCGACCGCCUGAGCUUCUACUAGGGGCUACUUACUACGGUCCUGCUGUGGAUUUGUGGAGUUGCGGUUGUAUCUUAGCUGAAUUAUAUUCAGGGAAACCUAUCAUGCCAGGGAGAACAGAGGUUGAACAAUUGCAUAAAAUCUUUAAGCUUUGUGGGUCGCCUUCUGAAGAGUAUUGGAGAAAAGCGAAGUUGCCUCACGCCACCAUUUUCAAGACAAUGAAUCCUUAUAAACGUCUUGUUGGAGAAAUGUUCAUGGAUUUACCUGAACCAGCUUUGGUGCUAAUGGAGACGCUACUUUCCAUUGAUCCAGAAGAUCGCGGUUCUGCAGCUUCUGCAUUAAAAAGUCAGUUCUUUGUAACAAAACCAUUGCCUUGUGAUCCUUGGAGCUUGCCUAAGUAUCCUCCUAGUAAGGAGUUGGAUGCCAAAGAAGAUAAUUUUGUAUUAUAAAUGUGUAAAUGAAUUUGAGUUUAAUUAGAUCACAAAUCAAUUAGAUCG